AUGUUUUUCGCCGAGUACGAGAGGCGCGUGCUGCGCGGCGCGGGCGUGGAGGUGUCGCAAGAACAGGCAUGGCAGAUCUGGCGCCGCAUCCGCAAGAUUGACUACGGCCUUGCCCUGUUCGACGACACCAUACCGGCGCUGAAUGCGUGCAGGCAAAUGGGGUUGACGGUCGGGCUUAUCAGCAACAUGAACCAGAGUGGCGACGAACUUGCGGAUAGCAUGGGACUUCUGCCCUACAUCGACCUCUCGAUUACAUCGCAUGAGGUGGGCGCGGAAAAGCCCAAUCAGCUGAUCUUCGAGCGCGCAUUGGAGCGCGCAGGGGCGCGGCCCGAACGCGCAGUGCAUGUGGGCGACCAGAUUACUUCGGACAUUGCGGGCGCCGUGAAUGCGGGCAUCAACGCCGUACUGCUGGACAGGGAUGGCAACCACAAGGGCUACACGGCACAGCCACGAAUCACUGGGCUAGAGGAGCUUCCGGCGCUGCUGGAGCGAUUUCAGUCCUAG